UUUCAAUAUUAAAAUAACAUAAUGAGUGCACUAAGGAGUCCGGUGGGAAGGUUGUUGCAUUCCACUGUUUUAAAAUAUGGAACUCGUCUAUCCAGUUCCACUGUCCCCAAAGAUGCCAGACCGGUUCUCUACUCUUACUGCCACAGCUCAUGUUCCUGGCGAGUACGUAUUGCACUGGGAUUAAAGAAGGUACCAUAUGAGAUUAAAGCAACCAGCUUGCUGAAGACAGAUGAGACACAUUGCUAUACCAAUGAGUAUCGGGAACUGAAUCCAAUGCAGCAGGUGCCAGCGCUUCGAAUUGAUGGGCAGACUCUAUGUGAUUCGGUGGCUAUUAUGCACUAUCUGGAAGAGACUCGACCGGAGCACCCACUUCUGCCAAUAGAUCCGAUUAAGCGCGCCAAAGUUCGGGAAAUUGUGGAAAUUAUUUGCUCCGGUAUUCAGCCUUUGCAGAAUCGUCUUGUAUUGGCACACUUGGGCAAGGAAAAGAGCAUGGAAUGGGCGCAACAUUGGAUAUCACGGGGCUUUCGGGGACUGGAGCAAGUGCUGUCCGCUUCCUCUGGGAAAUAUUGUGUUGGCGAUGAAAUUUCCAUGGCUGAUUGCUGCCUUGUGCCACAGGUCUUCAAUGCCAGAAGAUAUAAGGUUGACUUGGAACCCUAUCCAACAAUUUUGCGUAUUGAUCAGACUUUGGGAAACAAUGCCGUUUUUCUCGACUGUCAUCCAAACAAUCAGCCCGAUUAUGCAGAGAACAAGGAUUGAUGUGGGUCAAAUUGUUUCAUUUUAUUUGCUUAAUUUCCAUUUAGAUAAACAUAACUUAGUGGAUUACCGAUCAGCAUUGAAUGAAAGCCUAAAUCGAUGCGAUUAAAAACCAAAUAGGCAUUUAUGUAUAUAAAUGUCAGCCAAUAUAAAUAAAUAUUAUUAUGUAUUCCAAUAAAAGUUACUCAAUUUUUAA